GGAAGGCACGUGCACGGACCCCGUGACCCGAUUGCCAGAAAAGACAGGCAACCAACUCCCCGCCAAUCGAUCGCGUCUCAACUUCGACUUCAAGUUUACCAAACUUCCAUCAAUGAAUGAAUGCGUAUCUCUUGAACCGGACCAUUGGGUCUGUCGCUCCGUCCAGUUUCCAGGUCGCCCAGACCACCAGUCUGGUCCAUAACUUGGAGCCAGCGCCGGGAAUCCGAUUUUCCCAUCACAGGAGCGAUCAAGGGGGAGAUCAGACCCCCGAGGAUGACCCAGAUCAUAUAUUGGCCCACCGAUCGGGCACCAACGUGCUGGCCAUCGACCACUAUGAAGGCCGUUUCAUGGUCUCCGGGGGCGCGGAUCCAUCGAUCCAUCUCUGGGAUCUCGAGACGCGCGGAUCCGAACAGCACCAUGUCCAUCGCCCGGUGGCCUCGGUGGACCGGUCGUCGCAGACGGACACCCAUACACGGGCCAUCACGUCGGUCUCCAUCUAUCCCUUUGAUCCCGUCCCGUCGACCAUUCUCACCACGUCGCACGAUGGCACGCUGAAGCUAUCGGCCCUGGAGCCAGCCGCCAUCACCCCUGUCCACACAUUCCGACUGGACUGCACCCCAUACACGCAUUCCCUGUCCUCGCACCCGGGAUCGCCCCUUCUCAUCGCCGUCGGCACCUCCGAGAAACCCGUCCGACUGCUCGACCUGCGCUCGGGACUCUCCACUCACGGCCUCCCGGGCCACACCUCGUCCGUCCUCUCCGUCGCGUGGGCCCCGCACCAACCCCACAUCUUGGCCUCCGCCUCCGCCGACCACCGAGUCAUUCUCUUCGACAUCCGCCGUGGAGGCCACAACUCCGCCAUCGCCGCCCUAGACAUGGACGACGCCGUCGGCCUAGUCCCUCCCCGCCUCGCCCCACCGUCCCACCAGCCCCGCCCGCCCUUCUCCCCGCACGCGCGCGCUCACAACGGCGCCGUCACAGGCGUCCGGUGGACCGCCGCCGGAACCCACCUCGUCACCGCCGGCCAAGACGCGCGCAUCCGCGUCUGGGAUGCCUCGACAGGCGCCAAUACGCUUGUCCACUUCGGGCCCCGCGUCCGCAACAGCGUCACCUCGCACCUGGCGGAACGCGCCCCCCUCCUAGUUCCCACAGGCGUCAUGGAACCCGGGCGGGAAACUCUACUGUGGCCCAAUUUCAACGAGCAGGACGACCGCGGCGAGAUCUUCAUGUUCGAAUUCCGCGAGGGGGCCUUUGUCAAGCGGUUGCGCGUUCCGGGCCUCGUCACGACCGGUAGGAGGGACUUCCGGGGGCGGUCGAGCGCGCUGACCGCAGCGCGUAUCAAUGCGCUGGUCUGGCGCGGUAAUGGGGCGUCUGGGGCGGGUCUGGAGAUGUUCUCGGCGCAUGGCGAUGGCACGGUUCGGGCUUGGGCGUCGCGGGGGUCGGAGGCGGAUGAGAUGGAUGAUGCUGAGGAGGCGGAACAGGCGGAUCGAAAGCGUAAGCGCGAUGUUCUCAAUGAAAUCUAUCAAGGGUUUGUCGCGUGAUUCCUGGCCGGGGUCGGUGGAGUGUAG